UCCCCAUCAGCGCGCGCCCUGCGCUCGGGACUGGGCUGGAACCGCGCGUGCCGCUCGCAGGGAGCCAGCCAGGGCGUCCGGAGCCGCGGCCGCAGCGCGGAGCUGGCAGGGACGCCCGCCCGGGCACUCAGUCGCCUCCCAGGGGGCCUCCCGGGCCUCUCGGCGACCGCCUUGCCCCCACAAGCCCCACCAGGCGUCACCGCCGUGGCCUGGGCUUGAGCGGCCGCCGCUAGCUGCGCCCUGCCCGGGACCGACGCCCGCCCGCCCCGUCACGUGCGCCCAAGUCCUCGCGGCCGGGGCAGCGCCGUUCCCAUGGUUCAAGGCUGUUGAUGGAGAAGGGGGCGGAUGACAGCCGGGACCGUGGUCAUCACUGGGGGCAUCUUGGCGACUGUGAUUCUACUGUGCAUCAUUGCUGUUCUGUGCUACUGCCGGCUCCAGUACUACUGCUGCAAGAAGGACGAGCCGGAGGAGGACGAGGAGGAGCCGGACUUCGCCGUCCACUCGCACCUGCCCCCGCUGCACUCCAACCGCAACCUGGUGCUGACCAACGGGCCGGCGCUCUACCCCACUGCCUCCACCUCCUUCAGCCAGAAGUCCCCGCAGGCCCGCGCCCUCUGCCGCAGCUGCUCCCACUGUGAGCCCCCGGCCUUCUUCCUGCAGGAGCCGCCAGAGGAGGAAGAGGAUGUGCUGAACGGCGGGGAGCGUGUGCUCUACAAGAGCGUCAGCCAGGAGGACGUGGAGCUGUCCCCGGGGGGCUUCCAGGGGCUGCAGGCGCUCAACCCCAACCGCCUCUCUGCCAUGCGGGAGGCCUUUGCCCGCAGCCGCAGCAUCAGCACUGACGUGUGACCUGGGCCCGCCCCCGCGUCCCUGGCCUGGAGGGUCCUGAGACCAUGGCAGGGCUCCCGUGGCACACCCGCCUGGCCCCAGGCCCCAAGUGGGGCUUGGCUGAGCCCUCUUCAAAUCCCUGCCCUCAGGGGAGGCCCAGGCUUGAGGAGCCCCCGGGCUCGAGGCAGGGAUAAGGCUCAUUGAACACAAACGUGUCCUUGCAGGGAGGCACAGCUGGGAUCUGGGGCUGGAAGGACCCGGUGACCAUACAGCGGGCCGGGCAUGGAUGGUUGCUCCUGACGCUUCUGUCUCAGCCCCAGCAACUUGGCCAACCCGAGGGGUCUCCAUGGGUCACCCCAUCCCUGGGCCUCGGCCUCACCUGCUCAAGAAGGUGUGACCUCAGUGAGGCUCGGGGCUCCGCAGCAAGGCACUCCCACCCUGGCAGUUGCAGACCAAGGAUUCCGCGCCUCCGCCCUGAACUUGGGCCUCUCUCUUCCUCGCUUCCUUCUCUCCCCGCACUCCUCCCUCCUCUCUCUCACACACACUCCCGGUUUCAAGUGCCAAGCAUCUGCCCAGGCUGAGAAACGAGUUGCUGCGCUCCCUGCAGAUGGACAGGCUGCCCCUGAACAGGAGACUGUUGGGGCAGCAGGGCCCUUGGGAUGCUCAGCCCAGACAGGCGUGUUGGUGGGAGAGAGAGAGGCCUCGUCACAGCCCACCUGCCUUGGGAGCAGCAGCGUGGAAAUUCUCAGACGCAGUGCUCAGCCAGAAACGGGCUGGCAGAGCCGAGGCUCAGGGUUUGACAACCCCCUAGUCCCUGUGAGACUUGGAUGGCCCUUCCCACCCCUGGGCCUCGGUCUCCCCAUCUUGUGUGAUGAGGGGCUGGUUGCAGAGGGACCCUGAGGACAGAGGUCUUCAGGGUCUGGGUCUCAACAGGAACUGAAGUCCCCAAGGGAGACAGAUCUGCAGGUCACCUCCCCCACCUGCUUCUCAGCAGGAUCCAGGAGGCCCGGCCCAGCCCCACCCUGCUCCUGGUGGACCCCAAGCAGCCGGAGCCUCCUGCUGCUGUGCGAAGGCCUCCUCUGAGCCCACUCUCCACCAAGCGCCCACCCAGGCUGAGUUCUCCCGGGAAUUCCCACCCGCUGUCCUGCUGCUAAGGAAAUGAUAUCAACGGCUACCCCAGAGAAAUCCCCCAAACCCACGGUCACCAGCCAUCAGGAAAGCAGCUCUUCCUCACCCAGGAAGAGGCACUGAUUACUCUCAGCAACCUGGCCCCAGGAUUCCCCCUUCCCUCUCUGGGGCUCUUCCUCUCCUUCUGGGCCCUGCCAUGGAGCCCCAGGGCCAGAGCAGCCCGUCUGCCCAGGGAAGGCACUCUCCUAAAGGACAAGGCUGGCCGGGUGUGGUGGCUCAUGCCUGUAAUCCCAGCACUUU